AUGAGCUCUGGUGGUUACUCAUUGUCUCAAGCGAAAUAUGCCUCUAAUCUAUUGGCUCAUUUAGGCAUCACUAACUCUGCCAUAGCACCAACACCACUUGAUCCUAAUGUUCGCUUGACUUCAUUUAAUGGAGUUUCUCUUGAAGAUGCCAGUCUCAAUCGUCGUCUUGUUUGUAGCCUUAUUUAUCUAACAGUAACUCGUCCAGACAUUGCAUAUGUUGUUCAUAUUAUUAAUCAAUUCAUGGUUGUUCCACGAAUCAUUCAUUUUAUUACUGUUCUUCGUAUUCUUCGCUAUGUCAAGGGUACUCUAAGACAUGGACUUCAGUUCUCUUUGCGGUCAUCCCUAGUGUUGUCUGGCUACUCUGAUGCUAAUUGGGCUGGUAGUCUUAUUGAUAGGCGUUCUACCUUGGGUUACUGUUUCUACCUCGGUGACUCUUUCAUUUCUUGUCAAAGUAAGAAACAAAGUAUUGUUUCUCAGAGUCUGAAUAUCACACCCAGGCUGAUGCUAUGUCAGAAUUAA